CAGUUUCGCUGGCGCUAUUACGGUGUGAGAUUCGCGAAGUGUGCCUCCGAGCAUCUCUCUCACGGUGAAAAGUGCGUCGCACGUAAGUGCGAGGCGUGAUAUGAAACAGUGAAUCCGUUGCCGCGAUACGAAUGGACAGGCGAGGCUAGCCGCGCGUCAUGGGAUUGUGAAAGGAGUCGGGAGCGUGCAUGAAGGCGGCAGGAAGUGGGAAAAAAAGGGCCAGGGAUACAACGCUCACGCCCGGUUGUCACGACGCCAUGUUUCCCCGAACUGGUCUACCGAUGUCGAGUAUCCCUUUGACGGUACUCUGCUUUUUCGUACUUAUCGUCGCCGGCCUUGACGAAUCCGGUGUAGAAAAAAUAGAAAUCACUGAACGAAAAAAUGAAAAUCCGUCAACUCUACUAAUCACAGCAUCACAAGAUUUAGAAGGUAUUGAGGCUGGUAGCACACCUUCUUUAAUAUGCAAACUUAGUGUACCGGGACAUAUAUGGUGGACCAGUAAUGGAAAGAAUCUCACCACUAUUAAGGAUUAUGAUUCUGGAGGCCGUUUGGAUAUUAAGCAAGCUAGCAGAAAUGAUACAGGAGACUAUAAAUGUAUGGCACAAACUACAGAUGGAGAAGUAUUGGAAAAAGAUGUUCAUAUCAGAGUCAUUGAACCAGGUCGAAUAACACCUGAAGAUGACAUUAGAGCCAAAGUAAUAGAAUCAGCUAACUUAACUUGUCAUAUGCACGGUUAUCCAUUAUCCCAUUUCACAUGGGUGAAGGGGAACGAUUCGGAAAGUACUGAACAUUUAGCCGAAUUUGCCAGUAUCACACAAAUAAAUGACACCUACAUCAUAUUGAUCUUACAAUUUCCAAGUUUAACACGUAAAGAUAAUGGAACGUAUAUUUGUAAAGCACGUGACUAUAAUGGUGAAAUCAGUGCGUAUAGACACCUUUUCGCAAUUGACGUUCCAAAAGUAAGCAUUGAUUUCAUGAAAGCUGUUGGCGCUGGGAGUAUAUUUUUGAAUUGGACUGUGAACGAUGGCAACGAGCCGAUUAAAAAGUAUUUUAUCCAGCACAUGAAAAAUGGAACCGACCAGUAUCAUUAUUACGCUGAACAAAUUGGGGGUGGUAAUUCGAGUUACGUUUUGAAAGGAUUUGAAAGCGGUACAGCGUAUCAAUUUGGAAUCAUUGCAACAAAUGUUGUGGGAACAUCCCGAGUGAGGUUCGAUCCACGUUGGAUCACCACUCUUAAAAAAGAUCCUAUAUUUGUGCCAAAGGUGUCCGUGAAUGGCGUCACAGAAAAUUCAAUCACGAUAGGCUGGACGGUACCACCGCCAGAUUUAAAGGAACAUGUUCAUUAUUACAAUUUAAUGGCUACGCAUGAAGAACAAAAAAGAGAAGCAGUAUACCCUGCGCAACCGUUCACAGUAUACGCAUUCGUUGAUCUUGAUCCCGCAACCACAUACAAAUUUAAAAUCGCUGCGUGCAGCGAAUACACAAAAGAAUGCGGAAAUUGGAGCGUCGAAGUGAAUGGCACUACUCUCGAUGGAGUGGCUAGUUCUCCUCAGAACCUAUCUGUCAACUGUAAGUUCGAUAACAUAAGUAGUUCCAGUUCCAUAUCCAUCACAUGGGUUCAUCCAGAAAAACCGAAUGGUGUGAUUACUCGUUACGAUAUAAGAUUGACGGGCGUCGCCAAAUUCAAAAACGGUAUGGGUCGUUUGGAUGAAGAUAGUUGGGGCCCACACAUAUUGAGCGUUGACCAACGGAACGGUACACAUUUCGACAAAAUACCACCCAACACGAAUUAUACGGUUCGCGUACACGGUGUAACAAGGAUUCGGACAAUAGGGAAAGACGCUGUUGGUAAUUGUACUACACCGGUUACGAUUCCAGAUAGGGAUAGUAUGAAUAUGCGAUCAUGGCGAAAAAUUGAGAAUCAGGGUAAACAGCUGUUUAAGCUGUACCUUCCGCGUAUUACCGAAAGAAAUGGUCCCAUAUGUUGUUAUCGAGUUUAUCUGGUCAAACUGGCACCUCAGAAAAGUGUCACUGAUUUACCACCGCCCGAGGAAAUCGAUAUAGUUUCAUACAAGGAUGCUCACAACUCACCUUCCGGUGGUGCUUACGUUGCCGAGACGUUCGAUAGCGAUCGAUUAAUAUCCGAGAUCUUUCUUGGUGAUGGUGAAUCGUCCAAUGGCAGCUCCAUGUGUGACAAGUGUAUUAGAAUUCGACCAAAACCUACUCAACCAUUAUUACGUGUUGUUCCCGAAAUUCAAACAACUAUGGCACCACUGAAUACAACGCCUGCAAUGACCACAAAUCCUGCAACAACAACUACUACUACUACCACCACCACCACCACAACUGCUCCUCCUCCUACUACUGCUACAGCAAGUACUACUACUGUUGCUCCAACAACUACCGUCGUCACGACUCAGAACAUAGAGACGACCGUUCCAAAUCUAGUGAACGAUAAUAACACCGAAAAUAUAGCUAGAAAGAAAAGAGACAAUUUGGUCACUCAAGGAACUCCGGUAGCACAACCUUUUUCUUCACAGGAUGGUUUUCUGGAUGAAGAAUCGAAUUAUACUGGGUUCAUUGAAAUUAUCGUGUUUGGGAACCAAGAGAAUCAAUUUCUGCCAGCCUACAGUAAUUACUUACCUCCGCUUUAUGGGGGGUUAGAUCCGAGAGCUGCGGUGUCAUCGGACGUGAAUAGCCUCAGUGUGAUUUUACAAAUAUCUCUUGCGCUUAUAUUAAUUAUCAUCAUCCUUCUCGUCGCGCUUUGUAUAUUGCAUAGAUAUACAAAGCGUGCGGAGCAGCGAGGCGAAGAGAUUAUCACCCUGAGAAAUAGCUUCAGGCAUCUGUGUAGGAGUCUCAGGGGAAGACAUCAGCUCGUAGCAGCAAGUCCGCCGGAUAUGCCUCCUAUUCCCAAGACCGAACUUCUUCAGUCGUAUCUCGAACGGCACCGUGACUCUGAUUACGGCUUUCAACACGAAUUCGAAUUACUGCCGGACAGAUUCACUGACCGCACCACCAGAGCUUCAGAGGCACGCGAGAAUCUGUACAAAAAUCGUUAUCCGGAUAUAAAAUGUUACGACCAAACCAGGGUUCGUCUGGCACAGAUGGAUGGUAUUUGUGGAUCCGAUUACAUAAAUGCUAACUUCGUUCUCGGUUACAAAGAACGGAAGAAGUUCAUAUGCGCUCAAGGUCCAAUGGAGAAUACCGUCUGCGAUUACUGGAGAAUGAUCUGGGAACAACAUCUUGAGAUGAUACUGAUGUUAACGAAUCUCGAGGAAUACUCGAAAACAAAAUGCGCGAAAUAUUGGCCGGAUAAAGGGGAAACGAAGAACUUUGGAGACAUCACUGUCGAGCACAUUCGAGAGAGGGCCUACUCUGAUUACGUUGUUCGUGAAUUAAAAAUGACACGAUUGGGUGAACGAGAUGCCCGUACGAUCGUUCAGUAUCAUUUCCUAGUCUGGAAAGAUUUUAUGGCGCCGGAACAUCCUCACGCUAUAUUAAGGUUCAUAAAGAGGGUGAACGAAGCUUAUUCACUGGAAAAGGGGCCAAUAUUGGUACACUGUAGCGCGGGUGUUGGGCGAACCGGUACACUUGUCGCGUUGGACUCAUUGCUGCAACAAUUGACAGAGGAGGGUCAUGUGUCGAUCUUCAACACGGUGUGUGAUCUACGUCACCAGAGGAAUUUCUUAGUGCAAUCGCUGAAACAAUAUAUUUUCAUUUACCGCUCUUUAAUGGAAAUGGCCCAAUACGGGGACACUGAGAUCCCGGGUUCGCAAUUCAAAGCUAUGAUGACAAAAUUGCGACAACGAGAUAACGGCAAAGGAAAGUGUAGAAUGGAGGAAGAGUACGAUAAAAUCAAUUCGGUAUUGGAAGAUAGAAAGUCAUUCUCUGUGGGCGGAGGAGAAGAAAACAAGAGCAAGAAUAGAAGCGAGUUAAUAAUACCGUACGACAGAAACCGGGUGAUUCUGACGCCUGUCCCUGGCAGAGAGCACUCGACGUAUAUAAACGCUUCGUUCAUUGAGGGCUACGAUAAUUCCGAAUCGUUUGUUAUCACUCAGGAUCCGCUGGACACCACUAUCGCAGAUUUCUGGCGCAUGAUUUCGGAACAAUGCAUUUCCACGAUAGUAAUGCUGUCUGAUUUGAACGAAGGUCCGCGAAAAUGUCCACGGUAUUGGCCCGACGACGAGGCUUCCUACGACCAUAUAAGAGUCAGAUACAUUCAGAGUGAGAGUUGUCCAUAUUACACUCGUCGUGAGUUCUGCGUUUCCAAUACGAAAACCGAUGAAAACGUGGUCGUUACGCAAUACCAAUACCACGGUUGGCCGACAGUCGAGGGAGAAGUACCUGAAGUUACUCGCGGUCUCAUUGAGCUGGUGAACCAAACGCUUACGAACGACACAGAAUCGAGCGGGUCGCUGGUCGUGCACUGCAAUUAUGGAUCUGACAGGAGUUCGAUGUUCGUUGCUCUUAGCAUACUGGUACAACAGCUACGGACUGAAAGACGCGUGGACAUUUUCACAACGACGAAGAAGCUGCGCUCUCAGAGACACGGCAUGAUCAGCACUUUUGCACAGUACGAAUUUCUACAUCGUGCUGUCGUGAAUUAUUCAGAUCUGCAUAAUUUGGCUGACGACGAACCAGCGUCUUAAUACUACAAAACGUAAUAUCGGAAGACCUUAGGUUAUGUUCGAUAAAUGUGUGCGCAGAAACAUUUCACGUACAAAAAAGUGUCUGGAAACGUAUGAAUGCUCAAGAGAACGUAUAUUGGGCCAACCAAAGAAAUCGCUAAUGUAUUGGUGAAAAUAUGAUUAGAACAUCCUUCGAGCCAGACUGACACAUACACGUGUGCAUAAGAGACUGUAAACUGUUGGAACUUGAAUGGCUUAUGCACAGUGUAUCUUAACCCAUGUGUACUAAAGACAUUCGUACGACACGGAAUGAGCAGUAAAUACCGCUGAUUUUCAAGCUCGUAGGAUUAAACUGAAUGCACAACUGGUUCGAUGACUAAAUUAACCAAACGUUUGGUUAAUUGUUCCAAAGUGCGGUACAGUGA